AUGCCUUCUCUGAAGACCUGCCUCAUGGCGGCGGCCCUGGCCUGCCUGUCCUACGCCGAUACCAUCAAGAUCACAGCAACAAGCAGAACCACGUUCGAUCCCGCCACCGUCCACGCCAAGCAAGGUGACACUCUCGAGUUCCACUUUCAGUCCCGAAACCACAGCGUGGUCUCGGGCGCGUACGAGAACCCAUGCUCGCCUCUGCGCCUCGGCACCGGGUUCUUCUCCGGCUUCGUGCCUGUCCAGAGCGGCGAGUCGAACCAGACAUUUCGCGUCACUGUGACUAACACGGACCCCACGCCUUUCUACUCGUCACAGGGCGACGAGUGCAUCAGGGGCAUGGUUGGCAUCAUCAACCCCAAUAACGACAAGACCCUGGAAAAGUACAGGAGCAAAGCCGUGACCCUGGCUGGCUCUAUUACGCCCGGCAACAACGCGUACGGCGGGGACAUGGUUGAUAGCAACAGCAACACGGACAACACGGGCAACACGGGCUGCAACGCCGGGGGGAACUCGCCCAAGAACGGUAUAAUUGAGAGUUUACAGCAUCUCCACGACGAGUUGCGCGAAUACCACGCUCCUGCUGUCGUCCACCCAAGCCUUGACGUGCUCAAGCCCGCCAAGAAGUCCGUCUUCGCCUCCAUAUUCGGCAAAGGCGGAGGUGCCGGCGCCGGCGCGCAAGCCAUCGGCGCGAUUCCCAAAAACCUUCCGCGGGGUCUCUAUCUCUACGGCGACGUAGGCAGCGGCAAGACGAUGCUCAUGGACCUCUUCUACGACACCCUGCCACCGUCGGUUAAGACGAAGACGCGCAUCCACUUUCACAACUUCAUGCAGCUCGUUCACAAACGGCUGCACCGACUCAAGAUGGAGCAUGGCAGCGACAUCGACGCCGUGCCCUAUGUCGCCGCCGACUUUGCUGAGCAGGGCAACGUGCUCUGCUUUGACGAGUUCCAGUGCACCGACGUGGCAGACGCCAUGAUUCUUCGAAGAUUGCUCGAGGCUCUCAUGUCCCAUGGCGUUGUUCUGGUAACAACGUCGAAUCGUCUCCCUGACGACCUCUACAAGAAUGGCAUCCAGCGCGAGUCCUUCAUCCCCGCCAUUAAGCUGCUCAAGAACCGACUGCACGUCAUCAACCUCGACUCGCCAACCGACUACCGCAAGAUCCCGCGCCCUCCGUCAGGCGUCUACCACACGCCGCUCGACCAGCACGCCGCCUCGCACGCCGAGAAGUGGUUCCGCUUCCUCGGCGACUCGGAGAACUUUGCGCCGCACCCGGAGACGCAAAAGGUCUGGGGCCGGGACAUCUACGUCCCGCGCGUCAGCGGGCGCUGCGCCUGGUUCACGUUCGACGAGCUCAUCGGCAAGCCGAAAUCGGCGGCCGAUUACCUCGAGCUGGUGCGCUGCUACGACGCCUUCAUUGUGACCGACGUGCCGGGCAUGACGAUCCGCGAGCGCGACCUCGCGCGCCGGUUCAUCACCUUCAUCGACGCCGUCUACGAGGGCAACGCCAAGCUCGUGCUCACGACGGAGAAGCCCAUCACCGAGCUCUUCGUCUCGCGCGACGAGAUUGCCGAGGCGCUCCUCGACGGGGAGAGGAAGAUGCGAGCCAGCAAGGGCAAGGCGGCCGCCAAGGACGGCGACGCGGAUGUCGUGGAGAAGACCAUGGACGCGGUCAUGGAGGACCUCGAGCAGGGAGGCGCGGACAAGAUCAAGGACUCGGGCCUCUUCGCCGGCCAGGAGGAAGCCUUUGCGUUUGCGCGCGCGCUGAGCCGUCUUUCCCACAUGGAGAGCAAGGAGUGGGUCGAGCGAGGCAUGGGCCUGGAGAGCAAGGGCGGCAAGCAGGACCGCGACAACUGGUCCAAGACGAGGAGUCGGCAGAUGGAAGAUUCUAUGUAG